AUGACUGAAGGAUUUGAACGAAAACGAGCGAUUCGAUCAGCAAACCGUGGAGUUAUAACGAAACAUGUGAAGGAAGCGACUGAACUUUUCAGUAAAAUCGACGAAAAUGGAUGUAUUGAACGUUUGACAACACUCGAUAGAUUACUUGACGAAAAGCUGAAAUUUGUAAGAAAACUCGACGAAGAAAUACUCGAAGCGUGUUCAGUAGAAAGCAUUACUCAAGAUCUAGAAGAAGCAGAAAAGAUUACGUCCAAGGUGUACGAUAUAAGGAAGAAAAUCGAAGUUAUUCUGACGAAAAAUCGAAGUUAUUCUGACAAUUACCUACCCCCCUUAUUCCAGUUGAUUUGUCCCCCCCCAGAAAAUUUAUCGAAUGCACAGUCACAGGGGACCUUAUUGGACAUGACUCCUGAACAAAUCAACGAAGUUUCAAACCAGGCAGUGCAUGCUAUCCCACCGUCAAGUUCUUCAACCCGACCAAGGCUACCCAAAUUAACUUCACCAAAAUUUGGGAGCGAAAUAAAAAAAUUUCAUGGGUUUUGGGAAUGUUUUCAGAGUGCCGUGCACAAUAAUCCAGACCUCACUGAAAUCGACAAAUUCAACUACCUGUAUUCCUUGCUGGAGGGCCCUGGUCUCCGUGCUAUUCAGGGUCUAACUAUAAAUGCUGAAAAUUACAAAUCAGCAGUAGACAUUCUCAAUGAACGUUUUGGAAAAACCCAGCAAGUAAUUUCAGCGCACAUGGACAAACUGUUGAAACUGCCCACCUGUAAUGGUAGAGAUUCAAGUCAACUGAGACUGAUAUAUGACCAAGUCAGUGUGAAUGUCAGGGGCUUAGAGUCUUUAGGGGUAAAGACCGAACAGUACUGUAGUCUUCUCAUUCCUGUGAUUAUGUCAAAACUCCCUGAAGACGUUCGCAUGCAAAUUGCCCGUAAUUCAUCAAAUGAAGUUUGGAAAAUUGAAGAUCUUUUAAAAUUGAUAAAACAAGAAGUGGAAGCACGAGAAGUGUGUGAAAAUGUGAAAGAAAAUGAUCUGAAGUUGAAAAGGGGUUCUAGUGACCACAGUCGACGAAAUAUACCCACUGCUGCAUCAUUACUCGCAGGGUGGUCCGAUCCAAAGGGACAAGGUAUACAAUGUGCCUAUUGACGCAAAUCUCAUUAUUCAGCUUCAUGUGAACAAUUCCGUGACAUCGACACCAGAAAGAAUAUCCUCAAACGAGAUGGUCUCUGUUUCCGUUGCCUGGGACGAGGACAUCGAGCAAGGAAGUGUGAUCCUUCCAAAAAAUGUAGAAAAUGCCACGGUGGUCACCAUCAAUCCAUUUGUACCGAACGAGAUCCACCCAUAGAUCCUCCCGAAACAUCGUAUGUAAAACAAGAUCCGAAAAAGAACGAGCCAACAAAGCAAUCAGGCCAGAAAGGUAAAAGGGAUCACGAAGUGACAAUGGUAAACCGUAACUCCCCCAGAAAUAACCAGACAAGACGAAUUCUUUUGCAAACAGCCACUACUGUAGCAUUUAGCCAAGAUGGUAGAGAUUCCAUUCCAGUACGAGUAUUAUUGGACUCUGGUAGUCAACGAUCAUAUAUCACCAGCCACCUUAAGGAGAGACUAAACUUAAAUCCCAUACGAAAUUAAAUACAUUCGGCGACGAGAAAAUUCGAACACGACGAUGUGAUGAAGUUGAGGUGAAAUUGAAAACUCUUUUCAGAAACGAUCAAAAUAAAUGCACUCAGUUUUCCUAAAAUAUGUGCACCCUUGCCAUUGAAAUUAGAUGUUGAAUCCUAUCCACAUUUGGAUGGCUUAGAAAUAGCUGAUGCAAGUCUCGUCACAGAUUCUUCGUCCGAGAUUGACAUUUCGAUUGGUGCCGACCAUUACUAUAAUAUUGUCAAGGACGAGGUUCGACGCGGAAACGAAGGACCGAUUGCGUUCGACACGAAGUUUGGAUAG